GGGAUAAAUAUGCAAAAUAAAGAGUACAAGAAAUUGCGACUUGUCCUUUCUCUCUAGAUUUCUUCUUCAAUAAACCACCCCCUUUGUCUCUCUCUCUCUCUCUCUCAGAUUUCAAUUUCGCUUCAAUGGCUAGCGUCUUCUCUUCUUCUUCGUCCAACAUUCAGUGGACCCAUAGGCGGCCGAUGGUGGCGCCACCAUCACUGGCCUCGGCCAUGUUCAUUCGUCGACGCCUCUAUUCAUCGCAUCAUUUCUCCGGUUUAAAGAUCCAGCAGUUUUCCCCUUCUCUCGAUUCUAGGGUUUCACGCAGAGUAGCAAGUAGGAUUAUCUGCGAAGCUUCUUCGGAUACGGCUGUCGAUGUUCCCUCGGUUACAAAUGAAACAUGGCAGUCUCUAGUGCUGAAGGCGGAUGGGGCGGUGAUGGUUGAGUUCUGGGCCCCAUGGUGUGGACCCUGCCGUAUGAUCCAUCCUGUGAUCGGUGAAUUAUCAAAACAAUAUUCCGGGAGACUGAAAUGCUACAAACUGAACACGGAUGAGUGCCCAUCCAUCGCAACUGAAUAUGGAAUCCGCAGCAUUCCCACAAUCAUCAUCUUUGUUGAGGGUGAGAAAAAAGAUGCAAUAAUUGGUGCGGUUCCCAAAACGACCCUAACUGCUUGCAUUGAGAAAUUCUUGUAGACAAGUGUUUCCCUGUUCCAAACUCUCUUGUGAAUCUUUCAAGUGUACAGUUGUUUGAGGUUCAUUGACAAGUUUUUCAAUUCAUAAACACUGCAACCAAAUUUUCUCACAGAUAUUUUUUUCUAAAUGAUGAGCAUCUAA